UCUGUCCAGACACUCUAGUCGCAGGGACCCGACAGAGAAGUCUGUCCAACGACAGGACUGUGGAUACAAAUUUAAACUGGGUUGUUACAGAGGGGAUCACCUGUCUUGCAUGCCUCUGGAGUCCUGGACAAGAAAACUACUCACGUUGGACAUUUCACUCUAUAUUAAUUUCUAGACACAUUUUGUUUAGAACUGGUCAAAGUUUUAAGUAAAGCUGACCGUUACAGUUUGUAAAAAAAAAUUACCUUGUGAAAACAAAUUGGUUGAGAAGGAAACAUCAAGAAACAUGAAUACAACCGCAGCGGCUGCCGCAGGCAUGACAAAAUUAACUCUUUCCUUUCUGUUAUCUCUCUUGAGUGACAACAAUUAUCCAGGUCCAGAAGCUCCUGUUACCAGCAAGCAUCAUUGGGCUUACAAGGGACCUGAAGGUCCAGACUCCUGGCAUGUCCACUACAAGUACUGCGCUGGUGAGCGACAGUCCCCUAUCGACAUACUUCCACUGACCUGCGAGUACGACCCUGGUCUGGAGCCAUUCAUUUUGGACAACUUCGACUACACUAGUGCUCGCACGGGACCUUGCGUACUCAACGUCACCAACAAUGGCCACGCAGCCAGUGUAAGAGUAUCUGGCGAGGACCUGAGAGUUCGUGGAGGCGGCUUACAGGGGGUGUACAAGACAGCAGAGUUCCACUUUCAUUGGGGCAGUACGGAUGACUUGGGGAGUGAACAUGCCCUAGAUGGCAUCAAGUUUCCUUUGGAGAUGCAUGUGGUGAACUAUGCUGAGAAAUACGGAACUAUCAAACAAGCCAUGAAUAAACCUGACGGUCUAGCUGUCCUGGGUGUAUUCUUCCAGCUGAGUGAAGUGGACAACCCGAACUUUGUUGCACUGGAUGAGGCCCUCAAGCAUGUCCAUAAAGCAGGGGAACACAAUUUGGUCGAGCAAUUGGUACUCAGGACACUACUCCCAGAUGACCUGUCCAGAUAUUGGCGUUAUAACGGUUCGUUGACCACACCUUAUUGUUUUGAGUCUGUUAUCUGGACAGUGUUUACGGAACCACAGAAAAUCUCCCACACUCAGUUGGAGACUCUGCGCUCAUUGCUUCACGAAGAGGGCCACGAUAUGAACGACAGAGGGGAUCAUCACACCAACACACCGUCCCGCCUAGUAGACAACUGGCGCCCCCUGCAGCCCCUGCAUGGAAGAAAGGUGACCAGGAGUUUCCCUGAAGCCAACUACAUGAGCUCGAGAGGCAGCUUCUACCCAGUGCCGGUUGAACCAACGACCACCACAGCGGCCAGCACAACCACCAACACAGUGACCACCGUUAAGACGGACUCUGGUCAUCCUGUCCCAACCUCUAACGGCGUUGACCCAAUCCCCCAUGCCUCUCCCACGACUUCUGAUAACAAUGACAGAAACCAGAUCCACUCGUACAAUGGUAAUAAUGGCAACCAUUAUCAAAAUAACGUGCACGGUAACCGUGUUCUCUCUCCGAGCCAAAGUAAGCCCAUGGAAUCCAGCAAUUCUCACUACUCCCCUGGAUCGGCUUCGCCCACACAGCAAUCUUCUGCGCCAAGAGAUUCAAACGCGAAUUCUGAUAGAUCAUUCAACAAUAAUGAAAACUCGAUUCACAGCUUUCAACCGUACAGAAACUCAGCCAGCAUUCAAAGCGUGUUGUUUGAUAUGAAGCAAGAUCCUAGCCUCGUAUACCUUACCUCUGGUGCUAGCCCAGUUAGGACGGUAGGCAAUGUUCAUCAGAAUGUCGAAUCACACAAAAACUCCCAGACUCCGGUGAAUGGCAAUAUGGAAUCAGCUGGAAAAAUGAAUGAUCGUUCUAUAAGCAAUACCAGCAAUCUUCCACAGAUACCCACCUCAUUUCCCAGCUCCGCUCCUGAACCAAAUCAAGCCAAGACAGCACAGUUCAACUUAACUGUACAAAAUCAUGAACCGAGUCCAAGCUCCAAUCAAGUAAAUAGUGGGUAUCAGCAGCCAAGCCAAUAUUACAAACAGCCGCCAAAUCAACUCAAAAGCCAAAAUCUGCCUUUGAGCUACCUCAUGCAACCUCAAAAUCAAGACUCUCGUCCAGACCCUGUUGACAGAAUGAUUCCUGCAAUAGACGGACAUCUUUACAAUGGGCUAUCUCAGAACACGCAGCGUCAGUCCACACCGACUGGCCAGCCAUUGUCUUCCGAACACCUCAGAUCCAUCCUGGAAAAACUCGCGGCGACCAACAGGAUCAACACCCGCUAUUCACCAAACUCCGCCCAACAGACAACGAGGCUGUACCAACCCAACCCUGUCCCAGCCGAGAGUAAUCCGGAGUUCUCCAACCACAUCCGAGACAGGGACGGCAACCUCCUGAUGAUUGACAGAACCAACGGAGAGGUCUACAUGGUCCGGCAAAACUACAACAACUGGAAACAACAGCAAGGAGGUUCGUACCCUCAACAGCUGCAGCGACAAUACAUCUCACAGCAGCCACCACCACCACAAGACCGGUAUUCGGAUUCCUACAGCAUCAUAUCAACGGCGAAUAUGAGAGCUGACGAACUAGGAGGCCCUAGGGAAACUCCAGUGGAGCCGUACUCGUCUGUAUUUCUUCCUCGCAUGGAAAGACCGGUCCGAAUAAGCAGUCCUUAUUACGAUCGAGUGAACGCUGCAAGACAACAGCCUCAGGCUCCAGCAGCAUCGCUAUAUAACUACCUAGUGCCUGCAUCAACGCAGUAUCAGGCUCCUAGGUACCCCCGCCCUAAUGUUGACCAACGACUCAUUGGUUGAAUUUAGUGAUACAGUUUCGAUAGACUUAUAGUUUACAUGAUGAGAGUUAAUCUAAGCACUAACGAUGUAAUUGUAGUUUGAAUAAAGAGAUGAAGAUAGGGGAAUUCAAUAGUUUACAGUAAAGAAAGAUGAAAGAGUCUAGACAACAAAGAUAUAUAAUCUCGGAACAAAAAACAAACAAUAAUCCUAGCUUGAAAGAGGAUGAAUAGCUCUGACAACAAAGAUAGUCUGGGUAUAUAUGUGAUGAUAAUCAAACUAGUCAGAACAAAGAUGAAGGUUAAAACAAAGAUGAAGAGCUUUCCAAAAGCUGUAUCUUUGACAUAGAUACAGAACCAAGAGGGCAACUUUGAUAAACAAUGUCUGGUUGGCCAGUGAUCUAUCGGUUCAAAAGUUACAUAGUUUGAUUGGGAUAUUCUAUACCGACAUAUGAGUGGCCAAAGGAAGGGAUAGAUAUUAAAAUACCCGGUGAGGUCUAUACAGACAAUCCUGUUGCUAUAGGCCUACAGUUUAUUAAUGGUUGCAUAUCGUGGCAUUCUUGUGAUCUCCUUACCAGUGCUUCAAAUUCAAGAAAAUUUUUAACUUUUCACUAAAUGAAUAGCGUCAAUAUAAUAAAAAAAAUUAAAGCAUUUAUAACCUCUCCUUAAAUUAUGUGCCCUUGUUUGUUGUCGAACAAUAAAAUAAUGGCGUGCCACUGUUAAGAAUGUUUUCCCAUGUGCAAUAGAUAGAAUUAUUUGGAUGUUGUUGUCUUCGUUAUCUGUACACUUUGUUCGUCUUUGCAAUGUACUCAAUAUUGUCUCUGUACACGUAUAUUGGAUCACGUGAUCAUUAUUUAGUUAAUACUUCAAACACAUAGAAAUAGAAAGAGAUGGAUAGAGACAGAGAGAGAAAGUAAGAAUGUUUUAAGAUACCAGUAAAAACAAACAAAAAGUAGGAAAGAAAGAAAAUUGCGAAACAAAAUGUGAAUGAAAAGAAUGAAAUCAUAAUUAGAGACAACUUUAAGUGAUUCCUUUUUGAUCCACAGUCAACGUUGCUAUCACUAAACUACACAAUUCAUAUUCGAUUCUGUUUAUUUGAAAUUUAUUCUGCUGUCUCAUUGAAAUUAACCCAAGUAGUUUUUUUUUUUUCAAUUAACAAUCUUAUCUUAUCUUAUAUGAUACAGACGUUACUUCAAAAAAAGAUGUUUACGUCCUAAGCGUCAUACAUAUUAACCAAUGACCUAAAUUCUGCCAAGUCACUGGUUUUCUUGGCUAGCUCAGGCAACCCAUUCCAUGCUCUAAUAGCGCUUGGGAAGAAGGAGCAUUUGUACAAAUUAGUCCUAGCAUAUGGAACGAGGAAUGUGCCUUUAUCUUUGUGUCUUUCUGAGUAUUUUAUUAAAUUUUGUUUUUGUAUUUGAAGAUUAUGGUUCAGUGUUUUUAUGUAUAAUUGCUAUUUUACUUUUAAGUCUUCUAUCCGGAAGGCUUUUCUAAAUUUAGUGAUUUUACUAAAGGUGUUACUCUAGUCAAAUGUGAAUACUCGUUUGUUAUGAAUCUCACUGCUCUAUUUUGUAUCUGUUCCAGUUUCUUAAUGUUUUUCUUGAGUUGAAGGGUCCCAAACAGAGAAUGUAUAUUCUAUUAUUGGCCUAACCAAGGUUAAAUAACAUUUUAGUUUUUUGUUCUUAUUUGAUUUACAGAAAUUUUUUUUAAUAAACCCUAAUGCUUUGUUUGCUUUUUUUUGAUAGUUUCAUCAAUAUAUGUGUUACAUCAUUGUCUAGUUACUCGGACCACCAAUUGCAACAUAUCUGAUAUUUAUUUCCAUAGUAACAGUGUUUAUAUAUACACACUCGUUUUAGUACGAGCUUCUUACCUUCAUCAUUUAUUAAUGUGAAAUGGCAAAUUGAAUGUUUACACAUGUAUUCAAUAGCAUCUCACAGUUUAAUCUGCUGCUGUACAUUUUUUAAAAUUAUGUUUUUAAAGAUAGUCACAAUUCAAGUCAAAACAGGUGUUCAUUUGUUUGUUGGUUCAUUUCUUUAUUUACAUAUUUGUUUGUUUAUUUUUCUUUGAUUUUGUAUAUUUAGUUUUGAUUUAUAUGCACUUCAUUGGAAUAAAAAAAAAUAAUUUUGACGAUAAUUACAAAAACAUUAUUUGUUCUUCUCUAUGUCGAUAUUUAAAAAAAAAAUUUAAUAUAAUUUUUCUUAUAUCUAACUUACACUAAGACAGAACAAACUGAUUAUUUGUUAAUAUAAAAAUAAGUUGAAAAUCAAAACAUAAAGAAGAUCCUUCAUGAAGAAACGAUUCUCAGACACAUCGUCUAUGAUAGUGUGCAAAAUCAAUCUGCAGCCAUCGACAUGACAUUUAUGUUUAUGUGCAGUGAUGUUUCUUUGCCGAUAUUUUACAUGAUACGCCCCUGUCAAAGAAUAUGUUACAUCUUUAAGUUCUGAGCCUCACGGGAAAAUUGGACCUGCCCACUGGGCAUCAACUAGAAUGCCCAAAAAGCCUAGGCUCCUCUGAAUUUUGUUCCACUUAUAACAUUUUAUCUAUAGCUCCAUUUAUAAAGAUUGUGUAUUGUUUAUGUAUGUAUUUUAUCAUUAUGUAUUCAUGAGCACUACAAAAUUCAAUAAAAUAAAUCUUGGUAGUAAAAUAUUAGCAUAAAUAUUUUCAAGAAUAAAUUGAAUGUAAAUUUUUAAGGAGAGUACAAAAUUUAAAUUUAAUGACAUUUUUGGUUCGAAUUUAUUGUUAGAAAGGGGAAUAGAAUACAAUACAAAUUUGAAAUAUAUAAGGUUGCAUGUUUAU